UGGGUGGGAAGUCGAUCUCUGGAAGUCACCCUCCGAGUUUAGUCAGCAACACGUGACAACGGAGGGCGCUCUGAGCGAGCUGGGAUUUACAUAGUGAGUCGGACUCCAUUUAGCUUGUGAACCAGUCAGACCAGACAUGGCUGCCAACAGGGUCGGAAGGACGCACACAGAUGAAGUCCACUCGUCAGAUUUGGGAACGUCUCCGGAACACGGAGGCAACCUUCAGAAGAGACAAGCUCAAGUUACUGUGAAAUACAACAGAAAAGAGCUGCAGAGACGACUAGACGUGGAGAAAUGGAUAGAUGACUGUUUGAACGAGCUGUACUUGGGCAAGGAGGAAGACGUGCCAGAGGAGGUAAACAUUGAUGACCUGAUAGAUCUCCCUAGCAAUGGGGAGCGAGUGAAAAAGUUACAGGAGAUCCUUCAGACAUGCAGCAACAACACUGAGACCUUCAUCGGCGAGCUGUUGGUCAAGCUGGAAGGCCUUCACAAGCAAGAGGAGCUGGCUACAGAGGGCAUCGAACACCCCUCCCUUUGCAACCACCCCCAGCACCGCCAUGAGCCGUACCACUUCAACGACCCCCACUGCCCCCGCACCCACACCCACACCCACCAGACCCUCUGACCUCACCACACAGCUGACCUCUGACUAGGGGCGUAAAAUUCUUUCCCUAAAUUAACUGGUUUUCCAUCAAUUCCUGUUGGAAUAUUUCUGGAAUCAGGAAGGAAUAAGCAGGGAGGAAAUCCUACAACUGUUCCCGGGAAUCUUCCAAUCGGGAUUGCUGAAAAACCUGGGAAUUUGGGGAACGUUUCUGGAAUUUUGUUUCCCAGCAACCCCAUUUCAUCCAUUCCCCCCUCCCCCAACACACACACCCUCGGACCACCCUCGGACUAUAUUCACACACUGAUCUUAACAUGCCACAUGAACAACAUCUGUUGCCAUGUUGUCACAGCACUUUGGAUCACAUCCCACUGGGCACACUUUGUCAUUUCAACAUGGAGAAUUGGGUAUUUGCUAGAUAUGUUGAUCAAUGAGCUUUCAAACUAUUUUGAAAAAGACAGCCAAAAGUUUGAAUUCCCAUCUCAAAGCACAACCAAAUGUAUUUAUUUUAGUUUAUUUGUCACCUAAAUGUGUUAUCACUUCCUUUUUAACCAUUUAAAAGCACAACAAAGCUAAAAUAGUUUAUUUAUAAAACAACUUAAUGUGUUAUCAUUGUGCUUCAUCUAAUAGCUCAACCAAAUUACCUGAUUUCCAGUUGAUUACAUUAAAGUACACGGUGCAAGUGAUAAAUGCCAUUUGAGAUUCUGUGCAGAUUAUUAUAGUAAUUGUGAAGAUUGUCUAUUUUUAGUUGAAUCCUGGGCUGAAUUUAAAUAAUAGCUCUUGAUCACUUCCCAAAUGCUAUACAGGCCUAAAUAGCCUCAUUGAUGAUAAAUGAUUGAUAAAGUAUGGUUACAUUUUGUUUGCUCUGUUGAACCACCCUUUGGAAUGACUUCAAUAGCAACAGUGAAUCUAUUAAGGCCAGGCACCACACCCUCAUAGGGUAGUUUUCCCCACUUAAUCAUAUUACAAUCAACUUUUACCAGUUGAAUGUACACACAAUAUAAUGUUUCUGAAAUAUUUUUAUUAAAAUGUGCAAAUGAGGCAAUAUCGCAUUAAAUAUGACAUACUUGCAUCUCGCGCAAAUCCAUUUUUCUGCACACCGGAUGAAGUAGGCCUAAAUAUUUAUUUUUCAUUUUGUUAAAGAGAGACUUUAUUUAGGCAAUGAGGCCCUUUUAUCUACAGUACUUUUCCAGAGACAGAUGAACUUGUGGAUACCAUUUUUAUGUCUCUGCGGGCAGUUUGAAGGUAGUUAGGAACUUCCUUCAUGAUAUCCACGAGUUCUUCCUUCAUGAUAUCCACGAGUUCAUCUGACUCUGGGGAAGUACUGUAGAUAAGGGCCUCAUUGCCAAAAUCCCAAAGUAUCACUUUAAGACAUUCCAGGACUGGACUUGUCCAGAGUAGAUAAAUAACUUUUUCAUCUUUCUAUUUGUAAAAUACUAAAGACAUUUUUGGUGCAUUUUUCCAAAGAAAAUGAUAUCUAGGAUAAAAAAACAUAAAAGCUGUAGACUGAUCAACUCUAGUACUGUAGGAGGUGCUGUCCAGCCGAUUUGUUUUUUUCUUAUAGUGGAUAUUACAUUGAAGAUCUGUUGUUGUUUCAAAGGUACAAAUUCAACAUAUUUUAUUAAAGGUUUCUCUAUGUUGAAAUCCUGUGGUUGAAAUGUUUCCCUCGAAAGAAAUGGUAUGUUUUUUCUACAUAGAUUCCACUUCACAAUACGUUGACAAAUUACAUGGAAACAAUGUUGAUUUAAGCAGUUUGUGCCCAGUGGGAUAUCGAUCAGAUCACUUUUGAGUAAUGUAUGUCCGAGUUGCAUCCACCAAGUAAAGUGAUUCUUGAGUACUUCAUUAUUAUUUGUUGUUGUCAGGACAAGAAAUGAGGAUGGGAUUUGAUGUACAGUUGAAGUCGGAAGUUUACAUACAUUUAGGUUGGAGUCAUUAAAACUUGUUUUUCAACCACG